UUUUGAUUCUGGAUGCCGCGCACUUUGUAAUACAUGAGUAGGAAGGAGUUUGGCUUAAACGUGUAGCUACUCGACGUGGCACUUGACAUUUCGUGGCCCUUGAAUCUCCAAUUUUAGCAUCCAACCUUGCGUCAUAGCAAAAUCUCCCGACAUUACGUCUUCCAACCAGAUCCGUGUCCCAAACAUCCGGCGCAUCCUCGAAUAAGUAAACCUUGUGCCUUCGGUCUGGAACUCUCUUUCUUUCCCUCUUCACCGGCACAUUCACAGUCUCUCGUCGUCCAAAAUGUCUUCGAAACUAGUGCCCUCCGACCCCGCCAGUGUCAUGGUGAUUCGUGACGUGGUUCCUCACGUGUUGACCACGCUCUCGGUCCCGUUUUGGAGAUUUGGCCGCUUCAAGAUUGGCGGAAGGGGAACAAUCGUGCGCCUCGAGUCUGGUGGUCUUGCCGUCUUCUCCCCCGUCGCACUCACCGAAGAUGUGAAGCGCAAAGUGUCCGAGAUGGGCGAGGUCAAAUACAUUGCUGCCCUCGACAACGAACACCACAUCUUCCUCGGCCCCUGGCACGCCGAGUACCCCAACGCCCAAGUCAUGGGCCCCGAAAUGCUUCCUGAGAAGCGCGCAAAGCAGAAGAACGAAAAUGUGCCGUUUAGCGUGCUCUUCAGUGCCGACAAGCCCGUGACUUCCAUCUCUCCGGAAUUCGACGCAGAGUUCGAUUGGGAAUACGUGCCUUCGCAUGUCAACAAAGAAGUCGUUUUCCACCACCGGCCCACCCGCACCCUCAUCGAGGCUGACCUCUUGUUCAAUCUUCCCGCAACAGAGCAGUUCAGCAAGGCAGGCGUAGACCCAAACACGGGUAUUCUAAGCAAGAUUUUCAACACGCUGCAAAAUACAAAAGGCGACGCAAAGUGGCAGCAGCGCACCGUGUGGUAUGGUACUAGUGCGUCUGAUCGCGCUGGUUUCUCCAAGAGCAUGCAGAAGAUUGACAAGUGGGGCUUUGAGCGCAUCAUUCCGUGCCACGGGGAUGUGAUUGAGGGCGACGGCAAGGGCAUCUUUCAGAAGGUCAUGAAGUGGCAUUUGGAUGGUGUCAAGAGCAAGCACACGUGAUUUUUGUUGUUGGUGUCGAUCAGGAGAGUAAAGGCGUUUGGGGAUUGAAAGAAGUGGAGGCUGAAAUUGAGUCGGACACGCAGAGAUUGAGGGUUGGUAAAGGUGAAAGCUGAAAUUGUCUAGGCACGCAGUGGUUGAGGAGAUACCCGUUGAUUCCAGAUGCUAAAUUUCACUUUUUUUCCAUUCUGUGACAAUCAUAGUCUUUGCUAUAUGCUCGAGAGCC